AUGCUGACCGCCUCUCUUGCUUCUGCUGUGCUGGGAACAGUAAUGGUGCUCGUGGUCAUUGUCAGCUUGAAAAUGAAAAUCAAUCCAGACAAUGUUGUGACUCCCAUCGCCGCUAGUUUAGGCGACUUGAUAACUCUCUGGCUUCUUGCGGUUCUCGCGCAGUUUUUCUACAAUUUCCCGGACGGAGAAUUCUUCGUCAUGCCACUAAUCUGCGGAAUUGGCGUUUUGCUCAUUCCGUUUUGGGCCUGGAUUGCUUACAGAAAUGAGUAUACUAAUGAGGUGCUAACAAACGGUUGGGAACCUGUCAUUGCUGCUAUGAUCAUCAGCUCUGGCGGUGGUUUCAUCCUUGACCACGCUCUUUCUUCAAAUCCUGGCGUAGCUGUGUUUGCUCCUCUGAUCAAUGGUGUCGGAGGAAACCUGGUAGCAGUCUUUUCAAGCCGUUUGUCAACGAAUCUACAUUUGAAUUGCCAACGAGGGGAGCUUCCCACCGAAUUUAGUACGGGCUGCGUUCAUCCGUGCUUUCUUUUCUGCGGAACGAACAAUCCGCAAGUCAAGGCGGCAAAUGUCAUGCUGCUUCUAGUUAUUCCGGGACAGCUGGCCUUUCUGAGCGUGAUCAACUUGAUCGAAGCUGGUCACGUGGCCAUAACUAUGCCUUUCGUGGUUCUUUAUCUUAUCGCUUCCAUGCUACAGGUAAUAAUUCUUCUUCACAUCGCCUGGUGGCUCGUCCAUCGCGUCUGGUCUUCCGGAGAUGAUCCUGACUCCGUCGCGAUUCCCUAUCUGACCGCUUUUGGCGAUCUCAUUGGCGUCGGCCUCCUCACCCUUGCCUUUUCAGUUUUACCUUCUAAAGUGCGCAGCAGGGGCUCAACUUCCAACGCAUCCGUCAGCUCGAGAAACAGUACUUCCGAAGAGCUCCAGUCGUCCAAAGAACUCUCGCCACUGAGUUACUUUCAAGAAGAUGAAAGCACACGCGCCUGGGGCGACGAGCUUAGCGGAGAUCUUCUCUACACCAUCAUUCUCAGACGAGUCAGAUACUCAAAGAACUCGGAUGAAGGCUUACAGUGGGAAACUCAAAAGGUUCGCCUGCUGAAAGCUGGAAGUCUUGAACGACUCGUCGACCACCUUGCUGCUGCUUUUCUCCACGAUGAUGUCAACUUCUUGUCUAUAUUUCUCUCAACCUAUCGUACUUUUGUCACUCCCCUCGAGGCUUUGGAUAUGCUUAUCCUCCGCUACGAAAAUUUGUCCAACGAAGAAACGGCCAAAACACUCGCUCCAAGCGUCGAUUCCAAGGAAUCAUAUUCCAAGUCGGAUUGCGAAGCCAUCAAAGCCUCCAUUCUUCGCGUUAUGGAGCUCUGGAUUGAAAGACAUCCAGAGGAUUGGCAACAGCCGCCAAAAUAUGUUCUCGUGCAGCAGACCCUCAAAUUUUGUAAUAAAUAUAAGUCGGAGACAGAAGAUCUUGAACGCAAGACGCGAAAAACGCUCCACGAUGCUCGACGAAAGCAAAACAAAAAUGUAAGCCCAUUAUCACUCGCUCCAACAAAAGAAACCGACCUGGAUAGAACUUCUGUAAAUAAGGAUGCUGCUUUAUUUUUCCUCCGCCACAUGUCCGAAAGCGACAUCGCCAAAAGUCUGCUUGCUUACGACGUCCGUCUCUUUCGCCGCGUUAUUCCUUGGCAAUGUCUUGGAUCUGUCUGGAGCCGGCGGGGUACGGGCGCUGAAAUCUCAACCGUUAAAGCAACUGUCAAACAGUUCAAUCAUGUUGUCUAUAUUGUCCUCGCUACGGUUUUGUCGCCCUGCUUGAGUGUCAGUCAGAGGGCGAAAAUUGUCGAAAAGUGGGUAAAAGUCUCCGAAGAAAGCCGCGCGUUGAAGAACUUUUCCUCCCUCCGAGCCAUUCUUUCUGGUCUUCAAACUCACGCCGUCUAUCGCUUGAAGAAAACCUGGGAAGCGGUUCCUGAGCCUGUCAAGAAGAACUUCGACAAGCUUCACGACGAAAUGAAGUCAGAAUCAAAGUCUGAUCAUGAAAGCUCAAGUGUUCCGUAUCUCGGGACUUUUUUGCAUGAUUUGAUGAUGUUGGAUACGGCCCAUACAGAUCUGCUAAAAGGCUUGAUUAACUUUGAGAAGAGAAGGAAAGAAUUUGAGCUUUUAACGAUGAUUUCUCUUCUUCAAAUGGGAUGCGAAAAGCAUGAAAAACAACAGCCUUCUCAAGAUUUUGAGCAAUUUAUUUCUCUUAUUCAACCGCUUACUGAUGAACAAGGCUUCGAGCUGUCCCAAAUGGCUGAAGGCGGAGGAAAGUCGCUAGAACAAGAGCCUGUGAAGUGGGGUUCCCUCCUUCAGCAUAGUUUCAGCACUUUGAUGGACGAUUCUGAUUCCGACACCAUCUCCGAGCCCCAUCCGAAAAUGGCCUCAAGCGCGUUGCUCGACCUAAAGUCUCCCCAACAUGAUCGCGUCAAAUCUGUCUUGGCACUUGGCCUCGCGAAGCAUAAUUUAAUCCACGAGCUUCCGUCCUGUUGGAAUUUGAUUCAGAAGCUGAAGAACAAAGAGCUGCCCCUGCCCGACAGCACAAAUGUUUUUCACGCAAUGGACAAGUCUCUCCCAGACGGGCAGCUGGAAUUCAUUCUCAGAAGAAAAACGCAUGACGAAAUUCACGAGGCCGAGAAGCUCCAGAGGCAGAAAAAGUCGAAGCUUUACGGAGCGCAGACGGCUACUGUUUCCGGGAUGACGAUUCCUCCUUCUCUUCUUUCGCCUUUGCCGGGGAAGGCUCAGGUAAAGGUCGAGAGGAAGGAGUCUGUAGCGCAGAAGAUAGGAUCCGUUUCUAUGGCUAACCUAGGAAAGGAAGAAACAGCGAAAAACGGCAGCUCUUCGGUGAAAUCCAAGUCAUUAUCAACCAUGACAAGCAUAACUCGAACAAACAAGUGA